UUUCAGCGUAAAACAGUUUUGAAGCACCUCCACGGACAAAAAGAAAAUUAAAAAUAAAAAAGAGACGAAUUAAAAUCAAAAAUCGAAUAAAGAAAAAACGUGGCUGUCAGUUAAAAGUUUAUAAACAAAAACAGUGAACAUAAAUAAAAUAGUGAAGAAAGUCGAGAAAAUAAGUAAAAACGCGAACGAGCAGCUGCUUGGUGGAAGUCACAAAGACCGACGGCAAAACAGCAAUCGGAUAAAAUUAGUCGUGCGUAACAUAGUGACUACAAAUAAACAAAAGAUUUUAUAGAAGCUAAUUAGAAACGUCGAAAUAAAAUAUACUAUCGAAAUUAUUGAUAUUUGUUGCAGAAUCGAAUUGAGUCCAGCUACACACACACAUCUCUUCAAUAAAAUGGAUACUCCAAAUAAAAUAUUCAAUGGUGAAAGUGAGAAUGGUUGACCAUAAAAUAUAAUAAUGUGUAAAGCAAUAUAAACUAAAGAACUGCAUAUAUUUUUGCACUCAUCGCGUGUUAUAUAUUAUACAUAAUCAAUGGACACGGAGAUAGAAAAUCAAAAAGUGCUUGAAUAAAUAUUCACUCCUUUGCGGAGUUUAAAAACACAAGUGACUCUCAAAUUAAAGUUAAAAAACAGUGUGUGCUAAAAACUAUGCCCAGUCGCCACUAAGAAAUUAUGGAUAAGCGGCUCAGCGACAGUCCCGGAGAUUGUCGCGUUACCAGAUCCAGCAUGACGCCCACUCUGCGCCUCGAGCAGAGUCCCAGGCAGGAGGCCCACACCCAACCGCAGGAUACCGGCUCGGCUGCCCAGGCCAGCAAGUCAAAGUCCCCCACUCCGCUGCCCGGAAAAUCGCAGGCGGCCCAGCACCAUCAGUUCCGAGCUCCGCAGCAGCAGCAGGGUCCCAAGAACAGGAACAAGGCCUGGAGCAAGCGACAGCACAAGGCCGGCGGCAAGCACAACGCCAGCGCCUGCGUUGGCGCCAGUAGCGCUCAGGCAGCAUCCGCGGGAUCAUCUGCCUCCGCGGCCGCAUCCCUUCUGCCCACAUCGACGUCGGCGGCGGCUGCCCACAAAGCAGAUCUUGAGAACAUCCAGAGUAUUCAGAACAAGAACCAGGUUGCAGGCGGCGGUGGCAGCCAUCAUGGCAACACAGGAGCCACCCACCAUGGCGGCGGGGGAGGUGCCCAUCACGGCGGGGCAGGAGGUGGCGGGGGCGGUGGACACCAUCACCACCACAACACGAGGCUGGCACAAAACGCAGCUGCUGGUGGUGGAGUAGGAGGUGGCGGAGCCAUGCAGCUCUACAAGAAGAUGCUGCCCCACAGGGGUCACCAUCACCACGUGCUGUGUGCCGGUAAUAAUGCGAAUCACGCCUGCUGUCUGGUCACCGGCUGCAAUGGCAGCUCUGCCGGCGGAGUUGCAGCGACGGGUGGCGCUGGCACCGGAAGCGGCGGCGUUGGAGGAGCUGCAGGUGCUGCUGCCAGCGGCGCAGCCUGCAAGGAGGCGCAGAGCUGCAAGGACACCAGCUCGCUCAGCGGCAACAGCAGCAUUGCGAGCAGCGCGGCGGCAGCCAAUGCGGUGCACUACUGCUGCGGACGCUCCAAGUUCUUCCUUCCGGAGAAGCGGCUCCGCAAGGAGGUGAUCGUGCCGCCCACGAAGUUCUUGCUGGGCGGCAACAUAUCCGAUCCCCUCAACCUCAACUCGCUGCAGAACGAGAACACGUCGAACGCAUCCUCCAGCAACAACACGCCGGCGACAACGCCGCGGCAGUCGCCCAUCACGACGCCUCCGAAGGUGGAGGUCAUCAUACCGCCCAACAUCCAUGACCCGCUGCACCUGCUCGACCCCGUCGACUCGAUGGAGUACGAGAAGCAGCUCACGUCCCCGAUGAAGCGCGGCGGAGUGGGUGGCGUGGGCGGUGGCAUGCUGCAGUUGCACCACCGGCAGCACCACCAUCGUACGCGCAAAAACCGGAAGCGGAGGCGCAUCGAUUCCACCAAUGCCUCGCACGCCAGCGACGAGUCCGUUGUCGGCGGGGGCGGGGGCUGUGGUGGAGGUGAGUUUCCUGAAGAAACGCCGCUGCCCACGGCCAGCUCCUCGCUGGCGGCGUCGCCAGUGGCAGCGCCUGCGAACGCCAGCAGCGGCAGUUUGUUGCUGAGCGAAUCCGCUGCCCCGGCCGCGGGCGAAACAGCGGAAUCGGGCCAGCAGCAGGCGCAUGUGCGCUCUCCGCAGGCUGCGACAACGGUCACGGCAGAGAUGCCCACGCCGACGUCGACCGAGGCAGCGGCAGCGACAGAGGAGCAAGUGGAACAGGCUGCGUCGACGGCACCCACAGCAACCUCAUCACCGCAGCGGCAGCAACAUGUGGCCACUGCCACAGAGGAUGUUCCUGCUGCCACCGCUGCUGCAGAGCCACCGGCUGAGCUGCUGCUCAGCUGCUCGGCAGCAACAUCGGCUACGCUGGCGGUGGCGUCUACGCUGGCAGAGCGGCGGGCGCAGGCCAGCCGCGAUUUGCGCCUGGAUUUGUCCAGCACGUGCUACGGCGUCGGAGGCACGGGACUGAGCUUCGGAGGCAGCAGCGUACCCAGCGUGGGCAGCGGCAGCGGAGGAGGCGGCCGAAAGAGAAAAAUCAGCGAGAGCAACAAUUCGCAAAAGAGCAAGAAAUUUCAUCGCCAUGAUGCCAUGGAUAAGAUCGUCAGUCCGGUGGUUCCGCAACCCGGUGCCUGGAAGCGUCCUCCGCGUAUCCUGCAACCGAGCGGAGCCCGAAAGCCCAACACGCGGCGUUCGACUUCCUUCAGCGAAUCGGAGUUGCUUAGCCCCAUUGAGGAAGUGGCACCUAAGCAGUUGCCUCUCAUAGAAGUGGAGAUACCCCGAGAUGACACGCCAGACUUGCCAGAGCACGGACUGGGUAGUCCGCUAAGCACCACAUCAGCGGCCACUUCGCACACGGCUGGUGAGCAGGAUUCCCUAGCUGGGACGGACAUCAGUAUGGUGGAGGGCUCGGCAUCACUGGGUCCUGUUCAACCGUCGGAGGCCAACAGCAGUCGCCUGAUGCUGCAACCGGCCAUGAUUCCGCCACUGAAAGUGCUGCCUAAGUUCAGGGCAGAUGGGCUAAAGUACCGGUACGGUAACUUUGAUCGCUACGUGGACUUUCGGCAGAUGAACGAGGUUCGGGAUGUGCGGCUGCAGGUGUUCCAGCGCCACGUGGAGCUGUUCCAGAACAAGGACAUCCUGGACAUUGGAUGCAACGUGGGACACAUGACCAUCACAGUGGCCCGGCAUUUGGCGCCGAAAACAAUUGUCGGCAUCGAUAUCGAUCGAGAGCUUGUGGCUCGAGCCAGGAGAAAUUUGUCGAUCUUUGUUCGCAUUCCCAAGGAGGAAAAAGUGCCUGAUGUGAAGGCAGAGGCGGCAGGGUCGGACAUAAAAGCGGAGCCAAAAACAGAACCUGUGGACGAAGGGGCUUCGGGAUCAGCGACCAAGAAAACGCGACGUGGCAAAAAGCGGCGCCAGUCACUUAUCCACCAACCGAAUCGUCAUAAUCAUAACCACCACCAUCAACACCAUCAUCACCAUCACCACCAUCACCACCAUCAUCAUCAUCAUCAGCAGGAGCUAGAGGAGCUGCAGCAUCAGCAAAAGCUUGAUGCCCUGCUUGUGAAACCUCACGAAUUCUUUCCCAUCUCAUUUCCACUAACCUACGGGGGCAUUCCCCAUGUGCCGCCAUCGGGCAAGUCACCCAACAUCUCCAGCAACAAGAACCAGUUCCCGGCGAACGUCUUCUUCAGACACACCAACUAUGUGCUCAAGGACGAGUCCUUGAUGAGCAACGAUCAACAGCAAUACGAUCUCAUACUCUGUCUCUCGGUGACCAAGUGGAUCCAUCUCAACUUUGGCGAUGCCGGCCUGAAGAUGGCCUUCAAGCGGAUGUUCAACCAGCUACGACCCGGAGGGAAACUGAUACUGGAGGCCCAGAACUGGGCCAGCUACAAGAAGAAAAAGAACCUGACGUCUGAGAUCUACAACAACUACAAGCAGAUUGAGUUCUUUCCCAACAAAUUCCACGAGUAUUUGCUGAGCUCGGAGGUGGGAUUUAGCCACAGCUACACUCUUGGCGUGCCGCGUCAUAUGAACAAGGGUUUCUGCCGGCCCAUUCAGCUCUAUGCAAAAGGUGACUAUACACCGAACCAUGUACGCUGGAGCGAUGCCUACUAUCCCCAGACGCCAUACGAGGCAUAUCGUGGAAUCUACGCUACCCUGCCUGCCCAUCGGAUGGGUGGUGGCGGCGGGAGCAGUGCUGGUGGCGGCCACGCUCAGCUGCUGCACCUGAGCAGCUCCAGUCGGUCGCAGAACUACGACACGCCGCACUAUGCGGGCAGUGCCUCGGGCUCGGCCAGCUGCCGGCAGACUCCGAUGUACCAGCCCACGUACAACCCGCUGGAGACGGACUCGUACCAGCCCAGCUACGACAUGGAGUAUCUUAACCACAUGUACGUGUUUGCCUCGCCGCUCUACCAGACCGUCUGGUCACCGCCAGCCUCGCUGCGUAAGAGCAGCUCACACACGCCGGUCUUCGGGAGCGUUCGCGACGCCGAGCUGGACGGAGAUGGCAGCAUCGGUGGCGGAGGCAGCGGCGGCGGCAGCUAUCACCGCCACGUCUAUCCGCCCAAUGACGACACCUGCUCGCCGAACGCCAAUGCCUGCAAUGCAUUUAACUCGAUUCGCGACGCGGACACGGAUGACUCGAAUCAGCUGCCUGGAGGAAGUCGACGGCAUGUGUAUGCCACCAACUGUGGCGAGAGCUCCUCGUCGCCGCAGGUGAAUCACCACGAGGCAGCCAGCGACGCUCUCAUAGACGACGCUCUUAUGGACGACGAGCAGAAGUCGUCCAAUGGUGGCGGGGCGGGAGGCGUUAGCGCGGCUUACUGUGAUUUGUCGGAUGCCUAGAAGAGGGUCGGCGAUGUCCGAAAAAAUGUGUCAAAACGAAGCAAAAAGUUGAAAAAAUCGAAAAAGCUUAAGGCAAACCGCAACAGGUUUUCGAAAGGAAAAAUAUGAAAUGUAACUGUAAACGACA